AUGGCGGGGACGCGCGGGCCGCGGGCCGGGGCCGCCGCGCCCGGGGAGGAGGAGGCGGCGCGGGAGGCGGCGGCGGCGGCAGCGGGGGCCGCCAUGGCGGGCGCGGGCGCGGGCCCGGCCGUGCUGCAGGUGGCCGGCCUCUACCGGGGCCUGUGCGCCGUGCGCAGCCGCGCCCUGGGCCUGGGGCUCGUGUCCGCCGCGCAGCUGCGCGUGUUCCCCGUGCGCCGCGCCGCGGGGGGCGCCGACGGCGGCGGGGCCGGAGCCGAGCUCGAGGCCAACCCCUUCUACGCCCGCUACCGCGACAAGAUCCAGCAGCUGCGCAGGUCUGACCCAGCUGCUUUUGCGUCCCGACUGGAGAAACGCAGUGAGUUCCGAAAGCAGCCAGUGGGGCACUCCAAGCAAGGUGACUUUAUCAAAUGCAUGGAACAGAAGGCUGAUGCCUUAGGGAAAAAAUCUAUGAGCAGAGGAUUCACUAAGGACAAGACUCUGAGUUCAAUCUUUAACAUUGAGAUGGUUAAAGAUAAGACAGCAGAAGAAAUAAAACAGAUUUGGCAGCAGUAUUUUGCAGCAAAAGAUACAGUCUUCGCCGUUAUUCCUAAAGAAAAAUUUGAUUUGAUCUGGAAACGGGCUCAGUCCUGUCCAACAUUCCUGUGUGCACUACCAAGAAGGGAAGGUUAUGAGUUCUACGUGGGACAGUGGACUGGAACCGAGCUCCACUUCACUGCACUUAUAAAUAUUCAGACCCGAGGGGAUGCUGCUGCCAGCCAGCUGAUUUUAUAUCACUACCCUGAUCUUAAGGAAGAAAAGGGCAUAGUGCUAAUGACUGCAGAAAUGGAUUCCACAUUUCUGAGUGUCGCGGAGGCACAGUGCAUUGCCAACCAAGUUCAGCUCUUCUAUGCCACUAGUCGGAAAGAGACCUUUGGGUUGGUGGAAACCUUUAACUUCAGACCAAAUGAGUUCAAAUAUAUGUCUGUCAUCGCUGAACUGGAGCAGAGUGGACUCGGAGCACAAUUGAAAAGUGCACAGAACCAGGAUAAGACUUAGAGCCGUUAGGUUUACUUCCAGAGUCUGCCCACCUUGGGCAGUCUGGAGCCCCUUGAAAUCUCAGGAGGGAGCUCAGCAUCUAUCAUGGACAAUCUAAUGAGCCAUCGUGGAGGUGAGCCCAAUUACUUGAUAUUCAGGAAUGAAGGUACCCAAACAUUCUGAUAAUGGUUUCCCAGCAUAUCUGAGAUUCCUUCGUUUGCGUGUCUGCAGUUAUAACCAGAAACCGCCAAAGAUCUGCAGGAUGGUUGCCUUGAUUUUUGCCCUGUGUGAUAGCACGUUUGCAUUCUAGCCAUGUGGACUGCGUCCACUUCCAAGUGAUUGGUUCUUCAUCUUUAAAAACCUGUGACAGGAUAAAUCAACUUGAAGGCCUGCUUUAGUAAGUUCUGGCUUCCUAGUACUCUUCCUGUGCACCGCUUGGCUGGCCCAAGGCAUCGUUCAAGUAUCCUUAAACCCUGCACCAACCAGACGUUACCCUCAGGACUGAGAUUUCACCGUAGAUCUCCCCCAGAGUCACCUUUAGUGUAGCUGGUUUGGACUAUUCAUAGAUUUCAGGUAUAGUUACACACAUAGGUACAGCAUCUACUUAUUUUUCAAACCGGAUUGUGGACCCUCUCCACUAAUUCUGAUGUUAGAAGCUGUGUUUCAAAGGAGGCAGAUCAGUGCUCUGUAAAUAAAGCAAUGCUUUUAUAAGGAAAGGAUCCGUCCAGAUGUAUGUGUGUGUGUUUUUGUUUUUUAAACAACCCAAAAAUUGUGCCAGUAUGGUAAUUUUUAAGUGAGUGGAAGCAAAUGCUGGCAGAUUGGCUGUGGGGAAAAUAUAGCAAUAAAAUUAAAUCUGGCUUAUCUUUAUUUCAUGACACAGUAAAAUUUCAACGAUCAAAUAGUUGUCCAUAGUGUUGGUACUGUGGGUUGAUCUGAUCCAACCUCAUCCUUGGCAACAGUUGCUCAAAAUGCAAAAAAUAAGAAAAGAGCUCCCCAGCAUUGGAGUUCAUGAUUGCUCUGUCUAGUCCCUGGGGUGACUUUCGGCUCAGUGAUAGACGAUGCCGUUGGCCACACACCAGCUUUCUGGGCCUGCAGUCCUAGGGCACCGCUCUUUGCUCUCCCUUUCCUUUUCUUGAUGGAGCGUCACCCCACUUUGUCUGCGCAUCCUACCUCAGAUGUGGUUGUAUGUCAUGAAUAUAAGUUGCCUUGGGAUUUAAUGGCGAUUUGUGGUUCGUGUGUUUGUUCGCUUCAUCACAGAAGACGGCAUAGUCUGGGCCUGACCCCAAGUCUUUCGGUGGGGUUGAGCUGCCCGUUCUCUUCUCAGCUGUGUCAGUUGCACUUUUGGAAUCUGUGUAGAAAGAGACAGAUGGUCUUUAUUUAAACAACCUGGAAAAGCUGUUAGCCGUUCACAAUUUUUUAAAAGAUUCGACUAUUUCUAAAUGCAGAUUCUGUAUCUCAUCCUGACAGGGGUGUUUUUAUUUGGGGGGGGGGGGUGUUGUUUUGUUUUGUUUGGUCUUGGUUUUGGUUUUGGAGGCUUUUUUUGUUUUUAGAAAUUUGUGGAUGUUUUGAGUUCCCAGAAUCUUUGACAUCAGAUAGAGUUUCUUUUGUGGGUCUCCAGUUAUCACUUGCUUUGACUUUCAGACACACCCAGUUCUUGUAUGAUUUUAUAACAUCUGCGCCAAGGGUGAGAAGAUGAUGGGAAAAGUAAUAAAAACUGUUUGUCUUAUUGUUCCUCCCAGCUCUGCCCUAAAACUCCAUCUGCCAAAAGAAAGAUAUUUUCAUGGACAGUUACAUUGAAUAUUAACAUGGUAAAGUGCCAUCUGGCUGUUAUAUUUUCUGUGAGAUCUGGAAAAGAAAAAUGUAAUGUUUCAUCAGUGAUUUAUGUCCUGGUGAAUGGUGUAUACAAAGUGGACAGGCUUUUGGUUAGGUGAAUCUGACUUCAUCAGCACUAUAAAUGUUGAACAAAUUAUUUACACUCUUAAUUGUUUCAUCUGGAAAAAAAGGCAUAACAAUAUCUACCUUGUAGGAUUGUUGUAAGGGUUAAUAUGUCUAGACCAGUAGGGCUUAAUGUCAGCUCUCUUCCUCUUCUCUACUUCUACUGUGUCUCCUUCAGCAUUCACAGAUGAGCAUUUCAGAUGUGCAGGGCAACAGGGGCGCGGCUUGGUGAUGAACAUUGACCCUGCAUGUGAGACCCUGAUUUCCAUUCCUGCACCACAUGCCCCUCUGGGUGUGACCAAAGAACGAAAACAGAUCUGCAGAUCAUUCUCGAUUCCAGUUCAAAGGGGCAAACCUUAUCUCAUAGGUUAUCAAACUUUAAAUUGCAAUGGAGAACUUUAAAAGGCAAUUUUUCAGGUCUCAAAUCCCAACCUGCUGAGUAAACCUUGGCAGGAGGCUCUGAGAAUAUGCAUUUUAAUACCUGCUCAGGAUUCUUUGGGUAUAAGUAAACCAAAAAUGCCCAUUAGCCAGAUCUUUCUUUCCUACGGCCAUG